CCUCCGGGUUAUGACGUCACAAGGCGGCCCGCCCCUGGCCAGGCCCCUUGGCUCUGAUUGGUUGACUCGGAGCAGAGCGAUGAUGGAGAAGGGCGGGAACAAAUUACAGAGACAAAGAAAGUCUUUGGGUGUGACAAUUAGCGAAGGGCGUGCGGAGGGGCUCCCGGGCCGCGGUCGGUCGAUAGUCUUGUUUUCACCUGCUCCAGCGCGGCGCCCCGGAGCGGAGGCGGAGGCGGUCCGCUCUGACCCGGAGCCCCCAGCGCCCCGCCCACCGCGGGGGGGCAGGGCCAAGGGGCGGGGCUAUGUGGAGCCGGGCGGCUGGGCUGAGUAAUUGAAGCGGCUACCGAGCGGAGCCAUGGAGAAGCCGGAGUCUCUCGCGUCUGUCAGUGCGGAAUCCCCUCGGGGGGUUCCUAGGGCAAUACCUGGAGGUGUCAGAGGUAUACAAACUGACACCGGACUGCCCUCCGGAGUAGCCUUGUUUCGCGGUACUGGCCCCCUCUCGCAUUCCGGGGCCACUGUCAUUCGCAGUCCCGGGCCAAUCCGGCACUCGGAAGAGGCAGUGACCCUCAGUUCCGGACCCUGUCCGCAACUCAGGGAGGUUGCAGGCAGUAGUCUUGGGUCCAGCAAAUCCCCUGGCACUGGAACUGGUGCAGCUAGGGCGUCCAUCCCUGGGCCGGGGGAGCCUAAAGUGUACAGCUCGGAGAGUAGUCCACAGUCCGGGUCAACUUUUUUGCACUCUCAAAACUUUGAGGAACGGCCCCGGAGCAUCCUAAAAAACAGCAGCUCCAUCUUGAUGAAGAAAACCUCCAGUGCGGAGAAGAAGUCUCAGCGCUGGGAUGAAAUGAACAUCUUGGCCACCUACCACCCUGCUGACAAAGACUAUGGCUUUAUGAAGGCGGAUGAGCCCAGCACCCCCUACCACAGGCUGCAAGACAAUGAUGAGGACCUGUCUGCCGGGUCUUCUCCCAAGGUGACCCCUGAAUCACUGUCAGAGAGGUUUGCCACAAUGGACAAUUUCCUUCCCAAGGUCCUCCAGUAUGGAGAUAACAAAAACUCCAAGGCUGUGGACAACUUUGCCAAGACACACUCCAGUGAUUUUGACAAGCACCGAAAGAUACAUUACAAUGAAGGGAAGUUCCUGAAGACCCUGAAAACCCUGCCCUUGACCAGUGAGGAAGACAGCAGCAGCGGGGCUAGUGCCAGCAUCAGCAGCAGUAAUCAAAGUGUGAUGAUGGACCUGAAGCCCAGGCCCGUGGAGAAAGGCUGGCCAGGAAGACUGGCCCCAGGAGUCAAAAAUGAGACUGUCCUGGUGACUGACAGCCGUGGCCUAGACACCAGUGAUUCUGCUGCUUUCAGAAACCAGUUCCCCUCAGCUUCAGACUCGACCCUCAGGGAGGAGACUGCCCUGCAGCGUAAGGAGUAUUACAGUAAAGGAAGAUACCUGAGGUCCUGUUCGCACCCGGAGAUCGGAGAGGACAUAGAAGACGACGAGAUGAGCAAUGAUACCUUGCGGCUCCAGUGGACUCAGGAAAAAGAACCUAGACCAUGGAAAAUGUAGCCAGCUGAGGACGGGAUCAUCAUGCCUACCCUCAAAAAAUGUAUUCACCAAAGGAGGAAGGAGCAAAGACAGACCAGGGUCCCAGAAGGAAGGGGACAGCAGACAGUCUCUGGG